UUCAGUGUGGAGAGCUCUCCUGUCGGCGGAAAUAACGUCUGCUUGCUACUGCUGCUCUCUAUGUCGCCGCAUGGAGUCCUGACAUACACAGAUAGCCAUUUUAACGGGACGCUACUGUGUUGCUUUCUUUUAUACUUUUGUGGCGUGUUCUUCGCUUGCGACACGUUGUGUGAAUGUAGAAGCGAUCGCCAAGAGGAAGAAAUAUAAGAAGUGUCCAUGGCCUUUCUGGCAACAGCAGUGAGGAGGGCUGCCGCCUACAGGCCUUCCCUCCUGUCUCUGUGCCCCCCCGUCACGCGCUGCUACAGCAGCCCAGGAGAGAAGCCGACCGAGAAGAACGUCCCUUACGAAAAAACCCUGAAACAGGAAGGGGGCGCAGCCAGCGGGCCCACCAGAGCCCUGCCCGAGUCUGCAGAUGCUGUUGUGAUCGGAGGAGGCAGCUUGGGGUGCCAGACCGUGUACCACCUGGCGAAAAUGGGCAUGACCAACGUGGUGCUCCUGGAACGCGACCGCCUCACGGCGGGCACCACUUGGCACACGGCGGGCCUGCUCUGGCAGCUGCGGCCCAGCGACGUGGAGGUGGAGCUCCUGGCCCACACCCGGCAGGUGGUGAGCUGCGACCUGGAGCGGGAGACCGGCCUUCACACCGGCUGGAUCCAGAACGGAGGCCUCUUCAUCGCCUCCAGCAAGCAGAGGCUGGACGAGUACAGGCGGCUCAUGUCGCUGGGGAAAGUGUACGGCAUCGAAUCUCAUGUCCUGUCCCCUGCCGAGACCAAGGACCUGUAUCCCCUGAUGAACGUGGAUGACCUAUACGGCACGCUGUAUGUUCCCAAAGAUGGCACCAUGGACCCAGCAGGCACCUGUACCACCCUGACCAGGGCAGCCAGCGCCAGGGGCGCAUUAGUGAUCGAGAACUGCCCGGUGACGGGAAUCCAGGUAGAGACGGACGAUCUUGGGUGGAGGAAGGUGAAAGCUGUGGAGACGCCUCAUGGGACUAUCAGCACUCCCUGUGUUGUCAACUGUGCAGGGGUCUGGGCGCGGAAGCUGGGCGGCAUGGCGGGGGUGAACGUGCCUCUGGUCGCCAUGCAUCACGCCUACGUGGUGACCGAGAGGAUCGAGGGGAUUCAGAACAUGCCCAAUGUCCGGGACCAUGAUGCAUCUGUGUACCUCCGUCUCCAAGGCGAUGCUCUCUCUGUUGGAGGUUACGAACCAGAUCCUAUCUUCUGGAAUGAGGUGUCAGAUAAAUUUGCCUUCAGCUUGUUCGAUCUGGACUGGGACGUCUUCAUGCAGCACAUCGAAGGAGCCAUCAACCGCAUUCCUGCCUUGGAGAGUACUGGGAUCAAAUCGACGGUGUGCGGACCAGAAUCCUUCACAGCCGACCACAAGCCCUUGAUGGGCGAGGCCCCAGAAGUGAGAGGGUUCUUCCUGGGCUGCGGUUUCAACAGUGCAGGUUGCUGGAUUUUCACCGCCUCUUCGGUAAGAAUCUCCGAGGCGGGUGAUGUUCUUGUCAAGUGGGAGAGUGUCUUCUACCGCAGUCUGCGGUUCCAUCAUACUCUCACGGAUAAUAACCGCUGGAUUCGGGAACGAAGUCAUGAGUCCUAUGCCAAAAACUAUUCCGUGGUGUUCCCCUUCGAUGAGCCUCUGGCCAGCAGGAACAUGAGAAAAGACCCCUUGCACCAGGAGCUGCUGUCUCAGGGCUGCGUCUUCCAGGAGAGGCAUGGCUGGGAGCGCCCAGGCUGGUUUAAUCGUGAAGCCCCAGCCCCGGUUUUGGACUACGAUUACUACGGGGCCUACGACGUUUCCAAAAACCACCACUACAAGUACAAGGACCUCCUGGGGAAAGAGUAUACAUUUGAUUUCCCACCUCAUCAUGACGUGAUCAAGAAUGAGUGCUUGACGUGCAGGAACGCUCUGGCUGUGUUCAACAUGUCUUACUUUGGCAAAUUCUUCCUGCUGGGGCCUGAUGCCAAGAAAGCAGCAGACUGGCUCUUUUCAGCGGAGGUUUAUAAGCCUGUGGGCUCCACAGUCUACACCUGCAUGCUGAACAAAAGGGGAGGCGUGGAGAGUGACCUGACAGUCAGCCGGAUCGAGUCAGGCUGCCCAGGCUCUGCUUUGGCUCCGUCUUUCCAAGGAGACGGCUUCUACUUGGCGAUCGGGGGUGGAGUGGCACAGCACAACUGGUGCCACAUUCAGAACGUGCUGCACGACAUGAAGUUCCAGUGCCAGCUUCUGGACUGCUCGGAGGACCUGGGCAUGAUCAGCAUCCAGGGCCCGCAGAGCCGAGCUGUCCUGCAGGACGUUCUGGACGCUGACCUGAGCAAUGAGGCCUUCCCCUUCUCAACGCACAAGCUGGUGAGGGCAGCAGGACACCAGGUUCGGGCCAUGCGCCUCUCCUUCGUGGGCGAGAUGGGCUGGGAGCUGCACAUGCCUGCUCAGGCCUGCGUUCCCGUGUACCGCGCCGUGAUGGCUGCCGGUGCCAAGCAUGGGAUCUGCGACGCCGGGUACAGGGCCAUCGACUCGCUGAGCCUCGAGAAAGGGUACCGGCACUGGCACGCCGACCUGCGCCCAGAUGACACCCCCCUGGAGGCGGGCUUGGCCUUCACCUGCAAGCUGAAGGGCUCCGUCCCCUUCCUGGGCAGACGGGCUCUGGAGGAGCAGAAGGCCGAGGGAUUGCGGCGAAGAAUCGUCUGCUUCACCAUCAACGAGAAAGUUCCCAUGUUUGGUCUGGAAGCGAUCUUCAGGAACGGGGAGCCGGUUGGUCACCUGCGCAGAGCAGAUUACGGUUUUGCCAUUGACAAGACCCUUGGCUACGGAUAUAUCCGAGACCCCAAGGGCAGUGUUGUGAGUAUCGUCUCCCAGAAUCGCUGUGCACAGUGGCGCUUGCCUGUUCUCAAUUUUAAUUUGUGCUCUCCCUUGGUUUGUAUUUGUGUCCUGUGGGUUCGUGUUCCCCUAGACGGUGGAAAUGUGGGCUGGCACUGUUUAACGAUGAGUUAUUGAUAGGGUUCAUUGCUU